UUACAUGGCAUUCUAAAUGAAUCGCGAGUGAGGCCCCGAAGUUCUGCUGUCCGUCGGAUCAUUGCUUUACUCUGAGUGUAUUUUGGAAUGUGUAUGACCAUUGACAGUCCAUAACCUUCCUUACGCUCCUCCCAUCAGCCAUGCUGCAUCCGCCUAACCUGUCCAUCUCUGACAACAUGCAGCUCGUCCUCAGUGCUGCGGCUUGUCUUGGAAUAGUAGGAGUCAUUGCUCGCGUUUAUCUUCCUACAUCAAAGAGUGGCUUUCCUCUUCCACCAUCCCCUCCCAAGGCUUGGGGACUUCGUGGGCACUUCCUGCCGCCUCGCAGCCCAUUUCUCACUGUAGCGGGAUGGGUUGAGGAAUACGGUCCUCUAAUCACCAUCCGCUCAAGAUUUGAGAACAUUGUCAUUGUUGGCGGUUACAAGGCCGCAGUAGAUAUAAUGGAGAAUCAGGGAAAGUCACUAGCUGAUCGUCCUCGCAUGGUUGCUGCUGGUGAAAUCUUUAGUGGCAGUGUCAGCCUCGCCUUUCUACCCUUUGGGGAAAGGUUUCGUUCCAUGCGCAGAGCACUCCAUACGCAUCUUCAGCCUAAGGCAGCUGGGGCUUAUGAGCCCCUGCAAAUGUCACACGUGAAGAAUACUGUUCUCGACAUCCUUGAUGAUCCAGACAACUUUCAGAACCACGUGCAAACUUAUGGUGCGAUGACAAUUAUGAAAGUUGCAUAUGGGAGGAAUACACCCACACUUGCGACUGAUCCUGAAGUCAUUGAGCUCAAUGAACUCGUCAAGAUGGCUGGUGCAUUCGUGCGCCCUGGUGCUUACUUGGUGGACACGAUCCCUUGGCUCAAAUACCUUCCUUGGUACGGCCGAGACUUAAAACUGGGGUUUGAGAGAAGCAUGAAAUUCAACAUGACUCACCUGAACCGCGUGAAAGCGCAAAUGAGUAAUGAGAAUAUCGGCCCUUCGUUCACGAAAUGUAUGCUAGAAAGCGGCGAUUUGACAGAGGUUGAAACGGCCGCUCUUGCUGCCACCUUUUUUGGAGCUGGAUCAAAUACGACUGCUGUGGCAAUAUGCACGGUGCUCAUGGCAGCCGCUUGUUUCCCGGAGGAGCAAGCUACAGUUCAGGCAGAGCUCGACGAGGUCAUCGGAAGACACCGAGCGCCGACCUUCGCCGACCUUGAAUCUCUUCCUCGCCUACACGCCUUCAUUUCUGAGGCUUCAAGAUGGAGGCCCGUGGCUGCCAACGGGUUGGCUCACCGAGCAAACAAAGACGUGAUUUGGGAAAACUAUUGUAUUCCAGCGGGGACUACGGUAAUCGGCAACCAUUGGGCCAUUUCUCGAGAUCCAGAAGUCUAUCCUGAGCCUCACGCGUUCAAGCCUCAGCGUUGGAUCGAUGACCAAGGUCGCCUGAGAGACGAUCUAAAAUUCUUUGUCUAUGGAUUUGGUCGGCGUGUAUGUCCCGGUCAACAUGUCGCGAACAGAUCGGUGUUCAUCAACUCGCUCCUUAUUCUUUGGGCCUUCCGGCUUACUCUGGAUCCUACGAAGCCAUUGGAUGACAUGGCGUACAUGAACGGGGAGAUGUUUAAACGGCCGUGCGCAAUUGAGUUUGAGACGAGGAUUCCGGAAACGGAUCUCAGGCGCAUAAUGCAGAAUUAUCCUGAGGUUGCAGGAGAAACCUCGACGCUUGGAUGAUAGCGCCGCCCCUGGGGAGGUAACGAAGAACCGGUUCG